UGUCUCCUCUGGUAGGUUCCACAAUGGUACAGCCAGCAUCACGCUGCACAAUGGUUUCCAGGCAGUGAAAGAGCGUGAUUCAGCAAGCCACUCUUCCCCCCCUUCCCCUUUUAUUUCAUUAUUAUCAGACAUUUUGCCUCCCCUUUUUCUGUUCUGUUCUACCCUGUCCCCCAGGCUUUUAUUCAGUUCUUUAAAGGAAAACAGUGAUUUACCUUGGAACCAGCUGCCCAUCUUUUUUUUUUUUCUUUUUUUCUUUUUAAUUUAAUUUUAUUAUCAUCAUUAUUUUAUUGAAUUUUUUUCCUAUUAUUAUAAAUAGCACGGUUUUUCCUCAGCACUGUUUGGAAUGUGAUUUAAAAAUACCACCUAAAGUCGCAGUUUGGGGAAGAGGUUUCUGAGGAGGAGAAUAGCUCGCAAGCAAGGAAUGGGCUAGUAUUAGAAACCUGUACCAACAGCAGGCCAGACUCAAAUAUCAGCAAUGGCAAUCCAUGCAUGAAGUUGAUGCCUUUGAACUAUUUCCUGUACAUGAGAGAUAGCACAUGCUGUGGGAUCCAGCUGGAGCAGCCAGCCUUCUGCCUCAUCUGCUUGACAUUUUGGAAUUGCCUGCUCCUGUGCCCUUAGGAGGUGAUGUUUGAAAAGUGACCAGCACCUGCAUCACAUUAGCUAUCUUCUCCUGGGACAGAGGUGAAACUUCGACAGACCGCAUUUGUUGAGCAGUGCUCCCCAGAAUUGCAACUGUCCCCAGGAAAACCUCAGAACAAUUAUAAGUGUGUCACCUGGACAGAAUGUAAAACUUCACCGUCAGACUACCCUAUCCCUGGUAUUUAUGAGCCGCCAUUUCUUGUAUUAUUGUGGUGAACCUACUCUGGAUGUGAAGAUUGCCUUUUGUCAGGGAUUUGGGAAACAAGUGGAUGUGUCAUAUAUUGCCAAACAUUACAACAUGAGCAAAAGCAAAGUUGACAACCAGUUCUACAGUGUGGAAGUAGGGGACUCGACCUUCACAGUUCUCAAACGUUACCAGAACUUGAAACCCAUUGGCUCUGGGGCUCAGGGAAUAGUUUGUGCUGCAUAUGAUGCCAUCCUUGACAGAAACGUGGCCAUUAAGAAGCUCAGCAGACCAUUUCAGAACCAAACUCACGCCAAGCGAGCUUACAGGGAGCUGGUCCUCAUGAAGUGUGUGAAUCAUAAAAAUAUUAUCAGUUUAUUAAAUGUCUUCACACCACAGAAAUCUCUGGAGGAGUUCCAGGAUGUUUACCUGGUAAUGGAAUUAAUGGAUGCCAAUCUGUGCCAGGUCAUUCAGAUGGAGCUAGACCAUGAGCGAAUGUCUUAUCUACUCUACCAAAUGCUCUGUGGUAUCAAGCAUCUUCACUCUGCAGGAAUUAUUCACAGGGAUUUAAAACCAAGUAAUAUUGUAGUAAAAUCUGACUGCACAUUGAAGAUUUUGGAUUUUGGACUGGCCAGGACUGCAGGCACUAGCUUCAUGAUGACUCCGUAUGUGGUGACACGUUACUACAGAGCACCAGAGGUCAUCUUGGGAAUGGGCUACAAAGAGAACGUGGAUAUAUGGUCUGUGGGAUGCAUUAUGGGAGAAAUGGUUCGCCACAAAAUCCUCUUUCCUGGAAGGGACUAUAUUGAUCAGUGGAAUAAAGUUAUUGAGCAGCUGGGAACACCCUGUCCAGAAUUCAUGAAGAAGCUGCAGCCAACAGUACGGAACUACGUUGAGAACAGACCCAAGUAUGCUGGCCUCACUUUCCCCAAACUUUUUCCAGACUCUCUCUUCCCAGCUGACUCGGAACACAACAAACUCAAAGCCAGCCAAGCCAGGGACCUUUUAUCAAAGAUGCUGGUCAUUGAUCCGGCCAAGAGAAUAUCAGUAGAUGAAGCCUUACAGCACCCAUACAUUAAUGUUUGGUAUGACCCAGCAGAAGUGGAGGCGCCUCCUCCACAAAUAUAUGAUAAGCAGCUGGAUGAAAGGGAACAUACAAUCGAGGAAUGGAAAGAACUUAUCUACAAAGAAGUAAUGAAUUCUGAAGAAAAGACUAAAAACGGCGUAGUAAAAGGACAGCCUUCUCCUUCAGGUGCAGCAGUGAACAGCAGUGAAAGCCUCCCUCCAUCCUCAUCUGUCAAUGACAUCUCAUCCAUGUCCACGGAUCAAACACUGGCGUCUGACACGGACAGCAGCCUGGAAGCUUCUGCAGGACCUCUCGGUUGUUGCAGGUGACUAGCCGCCUGCCUGCGAAACCCAACGUUCUUCAGAGGAUGAUAUCAUUUAGGAGGAAAAAAUUAAAUGGGAGUUAAGAGAUGAAAAGAAAGAGAAAUAAUAAACACAAAGAUUUAAACAAAACAAACAAGCAAAAUCUUUUCAGCCUGCUUCUCCUACAGAGUUAUGUAACACAGCUAAGCUCAAGUGUAUAUUUAACUUAUAGUUGCUCUGCUUUGGUCUUCUUCCAGUGAUGCUUAUCAGGGGGGUAAAAAAAAAAAAAGGAAUCGAAAAAUCAUUUUUUUAACCCCCUCCCCACAAGAUGUAAAAUGAAUGGCUGCAAAACCAGCAACCUGCAACUGUCCUUUCCACACUGGCAUGACAAGGUGUGCAGUAGCCACUCUUAAACAUACGAGUGUGUAUCUGCCUUCACUCUCUGUUCUGUUGUCUGCCCAGUGAGGCAGACAGGGAUAUACUUGCAUUUUUCUUCAUAUAGGAAUAGCACAUACACACAGGUGCCAAGAGAAUUCUGUCAGUGUAUGCAGCUGUGUGCCCACAGGAACACACACAUCUGCAUAAGUACUUAGUGUGCAUUCCACAACCAUAAAUGGCCCAUUUCAGGUAAAGUGCAUAACUACACAUAUGUGAUAUUACCAGUAUAUAUUCUGUUUGUUUGUUCAUUGAUGAGGUUGCAUAUCUUGUAUGAGGACUUGUGGAAGUGUAAAUAACCACAUAGAACUGUGUCUCCCUCAGACACUUGAAGAUGUAGCACCAAAAUUUCUGCUGAGAGUUGUAUAUAUAUUUUGAAAUAAUAAGCAGUUUUACUGAAAGAAGAAGCCACAGAGCUUCAUAGAAAAAUGUUAGUUUGUGAAUGUUAAGACUUGUUGUUCUGAUUUUUAGAGCAGAUAUGCCAAGUUGAGACCAGGUUAAAAGGAAGCACAUGUAUCUUUGCAAGCUACAGGGAACAAGAAUGAAGGGGUUUUUUAUGCAUGUCUAAGCCCAGAAAGAUUUAUCUCAGUAAGGAACUUUUCCUGGCACUGUGAGUUAUCAUCUUAGGUCAUAGACAGGCUCGCUAUUAUGAAUUACAGGUAUGUUUGUAAGUUAGAGGGCUGGGGAAUGAGCAGAUUAUGAUAUAUGAUAAUGAAAAGGACCUGCAACAACUUGUUUUUAUUUUAUGUCUAGGACUUUACUAGGUUAGAUAGAGAAAGGAUAUUUGUGGCCCACUCCCCCUCAGUGUAUGUUUGCAGCUUAGAGGUUGUUUAAAUCAUUCUGUAGCAGGGACCUCUGCUACUAAGAGAACAGGCCUUCUCUAGGUGUUUUUGGCUGUUCAUUUGCUCGUGACAAAUCAUCAGACUCCCCAGGAAGUUUUAGCAGCUGUGUUACAUGGAAAAGAACCACAGAGUGCAGGGGUCUAGUAUUCCUAUUUUCUAAGUAAAUAACAAAGGUUAUCAGUCAGCUGGUGCGCUGGGAUGAAAGGGGUGCAGUCAGGGGUCUUAGGCGGUUUUGACAAGUUCCAAAGGUAAUAAUCCACGGGGUUUCCAAUGGUAAGUAACAGCAAGUGUUUUUACCAGAGAAUAUCAAGAGUCCACACAGAAUUUCAUAACAGUUGAAUAUUUUUCCAGCCAAAACAGCAAUUAGCAUUCUCCACUGCAAGGUCAUUGUUACCUGAGUUGGAAAUUAACUAAAAUCUGAAAAAUCUGUCCUGUUACCAAAGUGUGCCAUGUAAACUGAAAUGAGCUAAAUUGUACUCUAAUGCUUUUCUAAAUGUCGGAGAGAGAAACUGUUUAGAAUAUGUUAGGGGAUAUUUUAAAUUCACUAAUUCUUAUGUAUGUAUUCAAAAUUCUACCAAAACAGGACUGUUCUAUUGGGUGGCUUACAAGCCUGACAUUCUGUGGUAGGAGAAAAAAAUUGAGUAUCAAGUCAGAUUUUAUUCAAAGGGGAGAAAGGAAGAAAAGAUUUGUCCCCAGGGUGGGGAGAAGGGGAGAUAAAAAUUAAGUGGAUAUAAAAUAAUUUCAGAUUUGGUAAGUCUGAGCUGUAUCAGAAUUGCUAUGGGAAGUGGGUUUUUUUCCCUGGUUAUAUUUUUGGUAGAUUUUUAUCAAAAUUUUUUUGAGAAUAAAAUUACGUUGAUCAUUUUCUAAAAACUCAGAGCAGUAAUUUUAAAAGCAAUAAUUUACUACUGCUAAAUUUAUUUAGCAAUAUUCUCUCUUAAGCCAUGAAACAUCAAGUCAUUAUUAGUGAUGUAACUCUCACUUCAAAGCCAAUGAUCAUGGAAAUAUUAAAAGGUUAACAGCAAAGCUCUGUAGGUAUGUAGGCAAUAACACCAAGGGUGACUUCUUAGCAAUAAUGAAAUGUAUCACCUCCAGAUUUAAUUCAUCAUAGAUACAUAUUAAUAAUAUUCAGGUAACUACUAUCUGCUUUACAUUCCUUAGUGUGCACCAUUUGGGUAUGUUAUUUAAACAAGACUCAACCAAGUGUCUCAAAGAGGCAAAGCUGUAUGUAAGGAACUGCAAACACACCCCCAGUGUAAACUGUAGAAAUGUGGAGUAACCACAGUUCAUUGCCAGUGGUAUUAUGCAGAUGUGACAUAGGCAAUAGCAGAGAAGCCAUUUGUAGUAGAUGGAUACUUGUAGAUCUCCCAUGUUUCAUCUGUUGAAGCCAAAAAACAUACUCUUGGUCCCAUGGUAUAAUUCAGUCUUGUUUGGGUUCAUGAAGGCUGGGUGGAGAACCACAGAAGAUGUAAUUUGUUAGGUGCUGAAUGAACCCCCAUCACAGGAGUUAUAUAGCUUUAUUCCCAGCAGCCCUGAUUCUGCUAAGCACCAGUGCUUGUUCAAACACUUGAUGGAGACUAUAGGGAUGCAUACAUAAUUUUCACUAGCAUGUGCUUUUGUCCUUUGCUCAGCAAUGAUCGACAUCAGUGUGUGCUUAAGUGCCUUGCUGAAAUGGGGCCUAAAGGAAUUACUGCAUCUCUUUUUGUCUACAAAUUAGUCUCCUUUAUGGGAAGCUCUGUCUGGGGAAGGAAACUUGGAGAUGUCCACAUUGGUCACUAGAAAAAAAGCCAUCAAUGAAGAAAAGCAUUAGUUCUUUACAAUUCUGGUGCUUAUAUGUCCAAACUGAAGUAGCAACCACCAAGCAGGAAUAGCAUCCUUUGUUUUGCUUUGUGCCAGGGGUUUGGUGCUGUCAAGCUGAUAUGGUACAAUAACGCAUGUACUCUUGAAUCAAAGAUUAUAGUGAUGAUGUUCUGAGGCUGUCUUAAGGGAAACAAAUUUUAUUUUCUGAUUCUAGAAGUUAUGAUACCCUUCUCUUCAAGUGUAUUCCCCUUUAUUUGAACAUUUUGUUCAACUUAAAAAUGAUAAAUGCUUUUCUUAUUUUGCCAUUGAUCUUUGAAAUCUACUUCUGUUUAAAAUGUUACUGAAUGUAGUACUUGAGCAACAAUUUUCACUAAAUUCACUGAGGUUCGCAGUUGUAAGCAUGAUUGCCACCACUGCAGAGAUGAAAGGAAAUUGGGAAGGAAAUGAAGGAAAUUGGGAAGCAAGAGAUCUAUGACAGAUGUUCCAAGGUAUUUAAGCACUAAAGGGGCAAUCAGAGACCCUACGCCAGAAAUGGCAUCAUCCUGAAGGGCAGCUGGACACCUUGGUAUUUUUGAAAAUAUGCCCGAGAGCCUAUUUAUAUCUUAAGUGCCUGAAUCCCCAAAGAAAUUCUGUCCCAAAUGGCUUACUUAAGUCAUGUAUGAACUGGGUGAGAAGAGCAGCAGAAGCAUUUUAACUAUCAGUGGCUGCUCAGAGCACUAGCUGCAAGAAAUAGCAUUGAGAAGGUGCAGAGGAAAGUUGCUGCAAAACAUUCCUGCUUUAUUUUCAGGUGGAGUACUUCUGGAUAGAAUGAGGAACAAAAAAAAAGAAAAAGGUCAGAAUGGUUCUUAAAAGACCCUUUGUCAAUUUUCUUUUGCAUUGCUGAGUUUGAAUGAGAAUGAGGUAUUGAUUUAUUACGAGCUGUUGCAAGCUUAUAUACAUUUUCAGUCCAAAAUUUUGGGGAAUUUUUGAAAAGAGUAUUCGGAUACUGACUUGGUAACUGGAGUUUUGAGUUUUGACUAUAUUCCAUUAAAAUGUAAUAUAGCUUUAGAGAGUUCAGAUAUUUGAAUUGGUCAUACACUGAUUUGUGGGAAUUGCAUUGUGGUUGAUGAUGCCCCCUUAUUAUCUAGAAUUCCGUGGCAUAGAUUCAGGAAUCUUAGCAAGCUUGCAUUAUAUGAAACGGAGCUUAAAUUGGAGUGCAAGUGCGGUAAUGUUUUUGUUUUAAAAACAACAAAAGCUACAGAAAGCCUGAUCAGGUUUUCCAAACCCUAAUGCACUGAUGAUUUUCCUUUGGAAAUCCCCAGUUCCUGCACAGCACUGGCCACCGAAGGUGACACGAGAUAGAUGAUCAUGUGACUAUGUCCUUCUUCCAAACUUAUAACCAAUUUGGUUUUAUCUUCAUAUAUAUUGCUUUACCAUCAAAAUUUGGGCUAAUGAUACUGAAGAAAUGAGACCUGCUGCAGUGCCUUUAGGGAGUUUUCUAAAGUAGUGCUACUUAACUAAUUCGGAUUGUAUUAUAAAUUUGUCAGUGAGCACCAGUGGUUUCUUUUCCAAUUCUUUUCCAUAUUUUCUCAUGAAAAGUGUACUAGUAGCAAAUUUUAGAACUGCCUGAUAAAGUCACUUUCAGUAAAUCUCCCAAAUUUUUUGUUAAAGAAAAAAUUUGUUUUGAGUAUCCUGAAAUUAUUGUGAAAUGUAAUUGAAAUAUUUUAAUUCAAAAUAUCUUCAAUAAGCAGUGUUAGCUUAUUUAUAUUAAAAACUUUAUAGUAUUUCAAAGGAUCAAAAAUUUCUUUUGCUUCAGACCUGUUUAUACUUCUUCAUGCUUAUUGAGAUGUUAAAAUUUUGUGUGAAUUCAAACAUGCAAAACCAACCAAGCAAAUAAGGCAUUUUGCAACAAACUUUGUGCUUCCAGGGAGAGCAAUACAAAAGAACACCUGCAGGGAAGAAUUAGAGUUUUCUUUUCAUAGUCUGGCAAAAAAAAAUCUGAGUUAAUUGUUCAUUCUAUGUUUAGUCUUUUUUUUUCUUUGCUUCUGUAUGUGUUUGUAGGACAGAGAGGGUGCAUACAGGGAUGUGAUUUUCAGGACUUCUGUUCUACUCAUACUCAGUGUGGAUAAAGAGAGUAGUUGUAAUUUAACCACACAUCUUCAAGAAUCUGAUGGUUGUGCUUAUUUGAACUUCCACCACUUUACAAAGGACAGAGUUAACAAAUUGCAAGUUCAAGGUUAUCUUUUUCACACACACAAAGAAAAUCAUUGUGCAGUGGGUUUGAAUAUUAUACAAAUAUGUAAUGUCCUAAUUAGUAAGAUGCUUGGGGGAGGCAGGGGAAUGGUGAAUGUGUCAUCUUCACUGAUGAGCUGGAAAACAGACCUGUCCAGUGGAAUUUAGUGGAAUCCUCUUGGUAUAUUAGGAACUUGCCAGUGUGGCCUGAUUUUUUUUUUCUCUUUUUUGUUGUUGGUUUGGUUUUUUUUAAUUAACUAUUGAUUGCAAGAGGUGAAAUGUUUAACAUAAUGCAUGUUCAGGCUCAUUGACCCAUGGCAAGUUUGAAUUUUAAAGAGGGUUUGAUUUGACAAAAGAAUGUUGAAAAACUUCAGUUGAGGCUAAUGGUGCCUUUUUAUUUGAGUGAAAAGCUGAAAAGCAAAUAUUGAAGGAAGACACGGUCAAUUUGGGAAAUAAAUGUAUCCCUACUAUGCUUGUCAUUUCAGACAGGUCUUUUUUGCUAAUUUUCACUGAACAGGGCCAUUCUUGUCUUCUGGAAAGCAAGAUAUUCAUAAUGUAAAUAGUUGUAUUGAUUUAUUUUUUCCCUUCCUCUGUAACUAAUAUGUAAUAAUCCAAUAUGCUAUUUCUGUUAAAAUCUUUUACAAUCAGGCCACCGUAUGCCUAAAUAUGGUUGACCUCUGACUUUCUCCUAAGUCAGUCACCUGCUGAUAAAGGAGGGUGCUGGAAGUUUCAGUGUACAUAUAGAAUCAUGUAUGUUUAGUAAAUUGGGUAAGUGGGACUUAUGGCCAGUAUACAUUAAGCCACAACAGUAACAAAGCUCCAGAUCUUAACUAGCAAAAACAACUGUUCACCUUGCCAUGUCCAUCCUAUAAUAAGAUCUAAGUUGCACCUGCCUGUAGUUCUGCAUGAUCAGACUUCAAAGUAUAACUAACAAGAUCUGUAAUGUAUCAGUGUUGAUAAAUGUAGUUGUAAAAAAAAAAAAAAAAGAAAAAAAAAGAAAAGAAAAGAAAAAAAAGAAAAAAAAAGAAAAAAGCCCUUGACUAACAAAAGAAGAUCAACAAAAGCUCAGUAUCAAGACUGGAAGAGGAGACAUGUCUGAUUUUGCUGCACGGUUAUAGCUGAAAAGAACAACCGAUGUCAGCUUAAAUGGACUACCGUAAGACAUUUGUUAAGGAACCAACAUUAUUUACAUAUUGUUUUGUUCUUACCCUGUUUACUUUGACCAUCUGUUGUUCCCUGUUCCACAGGGGACAACAGGGCCUCAGUGAUCAGUGUUUUAUGGGUCAGUGUCACAUUAAUGAUUUCCAAUUUCUGUUUGUUUAGCAAUUACUAAACUAAGAUGGGACUCCCAUGUUCUCCCAUGUGUCAAAAGGAAUCCUGUCAGAGCUUCCUCACGAGGAUACUCUUCUCACUGCUGUCAUGACUCCUGUCAGUUGAAUGACUUUGCAAUGUUUCCAGUAAACAGCACAACGCAGCAAAUAUAAUGACUGAGGGCUUAAUUGUGGAUGUGCUGUGGAUCUGUACUUUCACUGGGGCUCAAAGUCAUGCAGGGACAGGACUCAGUUGAAAUAUGGUAUGUGCUCUAUGCAUGACGCCUAUAUUACACCUUUAUGACCUUAUAGUGGCUAAACUGCUGAUCUUUACGGAUGUGGAUUUGGACCAUCUCUUUUUUUUGGAGGAAAAUCAUAGUGAACCUCCGUCCUUAUCCCACAAACCACUUGCUCCUAACCAGAGCAGCUAAAUGGAAGAUAAAAUGGUGCAAGGGCCUUCCGGGGGCCAUGCACAGGGGUGAAUUUCAUGCUGUUUGAAUGUGAUCUUGCCAAAAAGCCUGUGUAUCUAGCAGGGGAGACUGUGACUGUCUUAUAAGGAGUGUUUGUGUUGUUUACUUUAAAACAAGCUUUGCUAAUUAAAGUAGUGUAUUCUGGAGUCCUAUUUGAAUGGCAUGAAGGGUAUCAAUGAAGAAGAUACAAAGUAUGCUCCUACA